AUGACCACAUUUCCUCGCCUUGACCUCUCAUCUCCGAGCCAGGUGCUACGUAGCGCGGCUCUGUUGUUCGCUCUUUUCGUUACAUGGAAGAUUAUCAAGCGCUUCUUUGUCCGAGGAAGUCUCGAUAACCUCCCUGGUCCCCCUCCAGAGUCUUUCACGACAGGCUCUUUGAGGCAAAUGGCGAAUAAAGAGGCUUGGGGUUUCCAUCAGCACCUCGCAGAUAACUAUGGUGGCGUCGUCAAAAUUAAGGGCGUUUUCGGGGCGAAUUGUCUCUAUGUUCAUGAUCCCAAGGCCCUCAAUCACAUUUUGCUGAAGGAUCAAAACAUCUACGAGGAAGCCGAAUCCGUCCUGCAAAUGAACCGUUUACUUUUUGGAGAAGGAAUAUUUACGACUCUCGGCGAGAGGCACCGGUUGCAAAGAAAGUUACUCAACCCGGUGUUCUCUAUCGCUCAUAUGCGUGAAAUGGUGCCUAUGUUCUACGAAGCCAGUCAUCGUCUCCACGACACCUUCGUCAAGAUCGCGAAGAAACCGGGCGACCAAGAGAUCGACAUCAUUGAAUGGAUGACCCGCCUCGCUCUGGAGCUUAUCGGCCAGAGUGGACUUGGUGUUACAUUCGACCCACUCGCUGAAGGAACUGAGCCUCAUGCCUACGGACAAGCUUCGAAAAUGUUGCUACCCCUUGCCUCUGAACAAACUUCGCCCCUCCUUGGUCUUAUCAUGCCGCUUAUCACGAAGUUCACGAACUGGCCUCGUCUGGGUCGGUUCAUCGUUGACUUGAUUCCUGGCAAGGGGAUAAACGACAUUAAGUACAUUGUGGACACUCUGCACAAGACGUCAGUCGAGAUCAUCGAGAACAAGAAGAAGGCGCUUGCAGCCGGUGAUGAUGCGCUGAAGGACCAGAUCGGCAAGGGUAAAGACGUUAUAAGCAUCUUGAUGAGGGCCAAUCUGUUCGUCCCGAAGGAGGAACAGAUGUCAGAGAGAGAAGUACUGGGACAGAUUACGUCUCUCACUUUUGCUGCCACCGACACGACCUCCACUGCAAUCUCCCGGACUUUGCACGUGCUUUCACAGCACAAAGAUGCCCAGGAUCAACUUCGCCUGGAACUCCGGGAGGCACGCAAGGAAAACGGAGGCGAAGACUUGCCGUAUGACACCUUGGUCCAUCUUCCUUAUCUCGACGCUGUCUGCCGCGAAACACUUCGCCUGUACCCUCCUGCUGGAGUACUGCACAGAACGGCUCGCGAGGAUGUCACCUUACCUCUCGGCACCCCCAUAAAGGGCAUUGACGGUACAGAUAUUACAUCGCUCGAAGUACCGAAGGGCACGGACGUCUACAUCUCCGCUCUUGGUUCCAACCGCAAUCCUGAGCUCUGGGGCCCGGAUGCGCACAUUUGGAAACCUGAGAGGUGGCUGAAUCCUCUUCCGGAGAGCCUAAUCAACUCGCGCAUUCCCGGGAUUUAUUCGCAUUUGAUGACUUUCCUCGGUGGUGGUCGCGCUUGCGUUGGCUUCAAGUUCUCUCAGCUCGAAAUGAAGGCUGUUCUUUCCCUCAUCGUCGAGGAUCUUGAAUUUUCUCUUCCAGCCGGCAAGGAGAUCUACUGGCAGUUCAACCCCGUCGCAUCGCCAAACACGGACCCGAAAGGUCAGAUGCCGACUAUGCCGCUGAAGGUCAAAUAUGUGGGCACCAAGUAG